GGACUGUAUCUUCACAAACAAUCGAAUAAUUUUGCAUUUUAUGUUUGUUGGAGGAGGGGUUGGGCAGAGGGAGAAAUUGCAAAUAAAAGGUGAAAGACUAAGCUGAAAAGCUCAGCACAGCCAAAGUGUCCCAGUUCAAACCAAGUCUUAACCUUUCCCCUGAUAAAUACUCAGCGGGAACUCCAAGAUCAAGGAAGCAACCAGCGAAUUCUCUCCCUCUUUUUCCGGAGAUAAAACCUAUAUUCUUUUCAGAUGCAACUGGGCUGGGGGAUUGUUUUAGAGGUGGACAGCGUUUCCCUGCGUCAGACCCUGGGAUGGUCCUAAAGGUGUUUUGGAAAGACCACAGGGCCGCUCUGAAUGAUGCGAGCUGUAAGUAGCCAGUGCUCAGUCACUACAUUAUCCUCAACGCCGCUGGAAAGCGGAGAGAGAUGCACACCGGCUCGGCUCGGCUCGGACUGUUUCAGCUAUAUUUAGGAACCCUCUCUUCACCCACACGUGCUUCCUUUUCUUCGGGGGCGGGUGUGGUUGGAUGGAUAUAUAAGCGAGAGACCGAGCAGCCGGGUCACCUCAGGAGGAUCGCUGAAGGCGCUCGGUGGUCAAGUGAGCAGCUGAGAGUGCCAAUCGCUGGGAAACCUGGAGCCCACUGCUUAGCGGUCAGCAGCGGAAGGAUUGUGUGCUAAUCAGGGACAGAAUUAGACCCCCCUCUCUCACACACACCAGUGCAGGAGGGGUCAGGUCCGGGGAGUGGACAAAAUCACUUUGUCAAAACUGCCUUGAAUGAGGAAUUUUCAUUGCGGCGGAAAUAUUGGCGUGUGGACUGCGCUGCCAGGCUCUGAGGUUUUGGCUCGCCGGAGGUUUCCUCUUUGCCUGCUGUGUUCAUUCGUGCAAUCUACCCCCCCCCCCCCCUCUCUCUCUCUCUGAGCUGCUGAAGAGUUUUCGCUGGGAGAUAGUGUGGAAGGCAGGAGAAAAAAAGUUGCCCACGUCGCUGGCAUGAAGCGAAAGCAGAAGCGAUUCUUGCAGAUGAUCGGCCUGUUCAUCGCGGCUCUGGUUUUCUUGCCCAAUGUUGGAAUCUGGUCCCUUUACAAGGAGAAGCAUUUGGAAAAGUCCACGGAGGCGGGAGGUCAGAGGUUUCCAUUUGUACCCAAUGAAGAGCAUUCCUACAGCUGGACAGAUGGGCUGAAAAGAAAAGACUGGCACAAUUAUGAACGUAUUCGGCAAGACCUCCUGCGUUCUGGAAAGGGUGAACAUGGGAAGCCUUACCCACUGACGGAGGAGGAUCAGUCUGACUCAGCGUACAGGGAAAACGGUUUCAACAUUUAUGUGAGCAACAGCAUUGCCCUGGACCGCUCACUGCCUGACAUCCGACAUCCAAACUGCAAGCAUAAAAUGUACUUGGAGAAGUUGCCAAACACCAGUAUCAUCAUCCCAUUCCACAACGAGGGUUGGUCAUCGCUCCUGCGGACAGUGCACAGUGUUAUCAGCCGGUCUCCUGACCAACUGAUCGCAGAGAUCAUUCUCGUGGAUGACUUCAGCGACAGAGCAUCGGUUGCAUAUGUUAAAAGAGGCUGCUGUGCGGUAGGUGAUUCUUUUUUUCUGUGAACGUUCAUUGAUAUGGUG